AUGACACUUACAGAAAUAUUCUACACAUUUCUUAAGCAUCUAGAUAGAGACAGGAUGGCCCUGUUUGUCCUCCCAUCUCCCAACCUCGGCCAGCGUCUCAACGAUGGCGCCGGCGCCCAACUGCCAACCAUGUACGCCCGAGCCAGGACCCCGAUGAUCACGACGACCUUACCCUCAACUACCACUCUCGAAACCAUUACCGAUAGCAACCCUACACCAACCUCUUCGGCCACUUCGACCUUCCUGGCUCCUGCAUCCGCUUCUACGCCCCCUAAAAGUGAGACGACGCCCACUGGAGGAACUGCGGAAACGUCUUCUGCAACGGGGCAACUGGUGUCGGCGGAGAACCGCACGCCGCCACUGGUGGUUGCGGCAGUGGAGGACAAGGAUGAGGAUGAGAAUUCUGAACUUGUUGAGACGGCUUCAGAGGAAGACACUUCACCUUUGCAAGGUGAAACUUCUUCCACAGUCAAGGGAAUUGGUAACGAAGUUGCACCUCAAGAUAAUAAGAAUGCAAAAACCACACUGACCGCCCAGCCUGACCCAGAAAAAGCCAAGGAAACAAAUGUCGUACAAAAAAGUCCUGAUGACACCUCGAGCGAUAAACCGAAACGUACAAGCACAGUAAGGCACCAUAGGAAGCACCACAAGCACCAUCACAGAAGAACCCAAGGAAAACGUGAAAGGCGAAACAAAACUCUGAUGCCAGGUGAAAAUCCGGCCCUGUCUAAUAAAAGAACUUUGAUGCCUGGUGAAAAUCCGACUGUACCUGAUAAGAGCACCCUUAAUACACCUGCCCCGAUUAUUAGAGAAAAAAGAUUGGAGACAAUACCCAUUGCAGAGCCUAAAGCCCAAACACUUUCUUCUCCAUCAGACUUAGACCCUGUUCACAGAGCCCUCUAUCUAAGAAAUAAAAUUUUGUCUCAAAUGAAACACAUGAUACAAAUGGAAGAAAAACGUAAUGCAAUUGAAAAACACAGUGAAGAACCUCCAUCAACCCCUAAAUCUGACUCGACGACCACGCAACCUCCAGUUUACUCCGAAGCCAGUUUUCAAACAACCCAAACUCAAUAUCUGACCGCCAACAAGAAAAGGGACGCAGCGGCUGAUGGCCAAAUGGGCAACAACCAAAACCAGGAGCAACCCCAAGAAGAAAAAACUGUAAAAAGGGAUGCACAGGAUAAUGGUCAAAUGAGCAACAAUCAAAACCCGGAGCAACACCAAGAAGAAAAAACCGUAAAAAGGGAUGCACAGGCUGAUGGUCAAAUGAGUAGGAACAACCAGAAGCAACUUCAGGAAGAAACAAGAAAGGCACAGGCUGGUGGUCAACUAAAUAACAACCAGGAGCAACCCCAGAAAGAAAGAAGACAGGCGCAGGCUAGUGGUCAAAACAACGGUAACCAAGAGCAAAUUCAGGAAGAAACAAAAAAGGCACAGGUUGGUAGUCAAAACAAGGGUAAUCAAGAGCAAGUUCGGGAAGAAAAAAGAAAAGCAGAGGCUGGUGGUCAAAUGAGAAACAACCAGGAACAACUUCAGGAAGCAAAACGAAAGGCAAAGACCAGUGAUCUAGUUAACAACCAGGAGCAACCUCAGGAAGAAAUAAAAAAGGCACAGGCUGGUGCCCAAAUAAACGACCAGGAGCAACUUCAGGAAGAAAAACGAAAGGCAGAGACUGGAGGACAAAUGAGCAACAAUAACCAGGAGCAGCUUCAGAAACAAAGAGAAAAAGCACAGGCUGGUGAACAAAUAAAUAACGGAAACCAGGAGCAACCCCAAGAAGAAAAAAUUAGGAAAAGGAACACACAGGCCGAUAGCCAAGUGAACAAUAAUGGUAACCAGGAGCAACUCCAAGGAGACGAAAUCAGUAAAAGGAAUGUACAGGCUGAUGGUCAAAUAAACAACAAUGGUAACCAGGAGCAAAUCCAAGAAGAAAAAAUCAGUAAAAGGGAUGCACAGGCUGAUGGUCAAACAAACUUCAACAGCAACCAAGAGCAACCUCGAGAAGAAAUAACUAGGAACGCACAGACUGAUGCUCAAAUAAACAAUAAUGGUAACCAGGAACAACUCCGAGAGGAAAUGAGCAAAAAAAUUGAUGCACAGGCUAAUGGUCUAACGAUAAAUAAUGGCAACCAGGAGCAACUCCAGGGAGAAAGAAAAGUGAAAAGAAACACACAAACUGAUGGUCAAAUAACCCUCAAUAGCAACCAAGAGCAGCCUCGAGAAGAAGUUAGUACGACAGCAAACACACAGACUGAUCGCCAAAUCAACAGCAACGAGGAGCAACCCCGAGAAGAUAGAAUCAAGAAAAGGGACACACAGGUUGAGGGCCAAAUAAACAACAACGCUAACCAAGGGCAGCCUCGAGAAGAAGUUAGUACGACAGGAAAUACACAGACUGACGGCCAAAUCAACAUCAACCAGGAGAAACCCCGAAAAGAUAGAAUCAAGAAAAGGGACACACUGGCUAAUGGUCAAAUAAACAAUAACGCCAAUCAGGAGCAACAACUCCAAGAAGAAAUGAUCAGAAAAAGGGACGCACAGGCUGAUGGUCAAAUCAACAAUGAUAACCAAGAGCAACUCCAAGAUGAAAUGAUCAGAAAAAGGGAAGCACAGGCUGAUGGCCAAAUCAACAGCAACCAGGAGCAACCCCGACAAGAUAGAAUCAAAAAAAGGGACACACAGGCUGAUGGUCAAAUAAAUAACAAUGGCAACCGGCAGCACUUCCUAGAUGAAAUGAUCAGAAAAAGGGAAGCACAGGCUGAUGGUCAAAUAAACAACAAUGAUAACCAGGAGCAACCCCAAGAAGAUAAAAUCACAAGCAGGAACAUACAGGCUGAUGCUCAAAUUAACACUAAUGGCAAUCAAGAGCAACCCCGAGAAGAUACAAUCAAGAAAAGGGAUGUACAAGCUGAUGGUCAAAUAAACAUUAAUUGUAACCAAGAGCAGCCCCGAGAAGAUAGAAUCAAGAAAAGGGACGUACAGGCUGAUGCUCAAAUAAACAAUAAUGGUAACCAGGAGCAACUCCGAGAAGAAAAAGGAAGUGAUAUGCCAAAGGAAGCAUUUUGUUUUGGAAGUGAAGGCGAAAACAAUGGACCAACAGAUGAAUCAAAUCCUCAGAAUAUUCCCUUCGCAGUGAUGGAGAAGAUGAGAUUUAUGGAAAGGAUGAGGGACGAUUUAAGAAAACAAAAUCUUAAUCCGGAAGACCACACCUAUGAUCAACCUUUGAUGCCUGAUGAUGAAAAUAUGGAAUACGUUCCAGGUGGCCGAGAAACCCGAAUGGUUCCCCGAAGAAAACACUUUUGGCCGAGUCCCCAACAAAGGAUGAUUCGCAGACGAAACACCAGGCCGCCCUUGGUGGUCGUCGACAAUGUUAGGCCCAGGGAAAGGGAAAUGGCAGUCGUUUUACCAACAGCUUCAUUUGAUAUUGUACGAGAAGUCCCUUCAAAUUUACCAGAAGUCACCGUCAACAAACUAACUGCCCCAAACAACGACCAAGCUACAUUUGAAAUUGCACAAGAAGUUUCUUCAAAUUUACAAGAAAUGGCUGUCAACAAGUUGACUGCUCCAAGCAACAAUCAAGAUGCCGAUUCGCAAUACAAUACACUCGGUUCGAUUUUGGAAGCCCAGAAAAUAGAUGAACAAGGAAUCAUUACACCUUUGAAAGUUGUCACUGAAGCCCCGGUGCAACCUGGAUCACCCGAAGAAUUUGCUUUCAAGAUGGACAUUAAUCAAUUCUACAAAAGAUUCAUGAAGAAAAGUGAGAAUGCAGGGACUGAUCAACCCACAACAGAGUCUACAGAGUCAGAUGGUGAAAAACCAAAAGAUGUAGGUCAAGUCAUUUUGGAUGGAUAUGCACAAAUUCAGGAGAAACCCGAAACUAAACGAGAAGCUAGGGAAGGAGUUCAAAGAUUCAUCAGGGCAUUGGUUAGGAGAUGCACAUACCACGGUGACCAGUGCUUCGACAACCAGUGUCCAGGAAGACUUACAUCAAUGCUGGUUGCUGCAGCAAAACUAAACGAGGAAAAAAUGCGACAGGAUGCAGAAAAUGAAGAUAUGACCACUUCUGCAACCACGGUUGCAACAGUUCUGGCUCAGGCUGUCCACGAAGCCGACAAGGAACACGGUGGCCAGGCUGAUGACAAGAGGCGCGAAAUGACCAAACAGUUCCUCAUCUCCCGCAUCAUGGAAAUGCUCAUGGACGAGUUUUCUGCUGCCAAAGCCGAUCAAGCAUCCAAAGACAAACAACCAGGAUCUGAUCAAUCCCAAAUAGGACACUUUAAUUUUGAUCCAGAUUCACCAGCCGUCCAGGAGGCUAUCGCCUUGGCAGCUUUCAGACAACACCCUGCUUUCAAUCGAGAAAUGUUCUUUAGAAAAAUGUUAUUUGCAGUACGCAGACCACCAAUGGACCCGACACAAGAGGAUAAAAAAGAUGGUGAACCUGUGAAGGAUGAACCUCCAAAAUCUGAUGAGGAUGACGACAUUUUUGGUGGUGGCGUGGAGGUCAUAACUCAGGAAACUACACCUUCGGAUAGCAACUCGUUCGUGCACAUCAAUAUUCAAACUUUUGGAGAUAAUCUUCAAAGCACCCCAAAAACAGAAACAGAAGAGCCCUAUGAACCAAUAUUUGACGAAAUUCCUAGCCAAGGUGUUUUGAAGAAUGCAGAAGUUGAGAAAGAACAGAGUGGAUAUCCUGAUGUGCAUGAUGGAGAAUCUGACUUGGUUUGCAUUGCUGAUGACAAUGACAUGGAUAAAGCUGAGAAUUGUGCUUCUGAUCAACCACAAAGUCGUGUUUUGGAGAUUGUUAUCACUCCUAAAAAUACCGAAGGAGACAGUAGCAGUGAGAUGACUACUGAGGGAAAAAAAGUGGAAAUCACACCAAGCACCCCAGAGCCAUCUUCACCUUCAACUGAACAAUCCACAUCCGAUGCAACAACCUUCACCACAUCCCAAAACCAGAUCAUAACCGACGAAGCCACCGAAAAUGAAAUGUCUGAUCAACAAUUUUUCCAAGACCAGCAAAACCAAGAAAAUCAAGAUACCUUGCCUCAAUUUGUCCUAGUUGCCAACAUUCAAGAAGCUGAUGACCCUAAUGUUGCAAAAAUAAAACAAACUUUGGAAAAUUUGAUGAAGUCUGCCGAUGAUAGUAAAGCUGAAGUUGAAGCAGAUGUAGUAAAGAAGGCACCUGGAAAAGAUGAUGUGGAACUUGCUAAAGAUGUAAAUGUUGAAUUGGUAAAGACCAACAAAAAAGCACCUGCUAAAGCUGAAUUGAAUGUCACAAAUGCAGAUGUGGUCAAGACCAGCAAGAAAGCCAAAGCAAUUCCUGAAGACGAAGACUUUGCAGAACAACUGAAGCUACAAUCUCGACCAAAACGUCACUUCCCAACACUCAGCCAACAACCACCUGAUUUUGAAGAACCCAGUUUCCUUCUACAAAGGGAUAGUGAUGAAGAUGAAACCCAUGCACCAGAUGACCAGGAAGUUUUGUUUCUUUUCCAGACUUCUGCACCACCAGAUGCACCUCCAGAGAAUAAUUUUGGGAGUGGAUUUUUGGGUUUUCUUAAUAGCAGGCCACGUUUUGAGGAUAUUUUCCCUUUUAAUCAUUUUCCUUGGGCCACACGAUCUAGAGACAAUGUUUACGAUGGUAUGUUUGCUACUACACCAGAUUCCAAUUUGGAUAAGAAACAGGAAACUGUUCUCUUCUUAUCGCCAGGAUCAGAAAACGAAGAAGAUUCUGACUUCCCCGAACAAAAUCGUGGCAGUCGUCUUUUUGAUAUUAUCAAUCGCCUCAGAAAACCCUGGUUCAGCUCUAAUUCCGAUAUUUUGAAUAAUCCUGACUCAUUUGAUGAAACUAGAUCUGAUAGAAUAAUUCAUGGCACAGGAUAUGCAGCAAUGGAGCAGGCGAGAAGACAUAAAGAGCUUCAGGAGAAAGAAAUGUUGAAGUACUCUUAUUGGUUCAGGACUAUUAUCAUAGAUUGUUUCGUAGUAGUUUCGAUUCUCCUAGUCGUCUACUACACUUUUCGCAAAUCUUGCAAAAACAAGCCAACGAUUUCGGCAGCAGAAUUUGUCUCCGAAGUUGACGCAGCAGCAAAAAAGCUGCAGCAAACGGACGCCACUGGCGGAAUACGGGGCGUACAUCCCGCCUAA